AUGCAGCAGACUCCCUUGCGGCUUUCCCACACUUUAUGGUCCGCAUUUCGAUCAGCAAAGCCCACCUCCAGACAGCUUCCACGCCCUGUCCAGUUCAGGGCGCCCACAGUCCCUCUACAGAGAUGGACUGCUCAGCAGCCCAGUAUUUUGAUUCAAGCGCGCUUUUACAGCGGUAGCAAAAGCGAAAUCGACCGAAAGGCAGAGGAAGCAAAGUCCAGAAUUGAUGAGAGCCUCGAUGCGAGGGCAGAUGCAGCGGGACAACCUGAGGACAAGUUGAAGGAUGCUCGACAUGAGACGAUUGUCCAUACCAUACCAGAGUCCUCCUCAAUAGUCUAUACUUCGGAUGAGGGCAACCAUGGGGCUGAUCACAAUCAUCGUCCGCCCUCAUCACCAGCUCCCCACCCCAAACAAUCACCUUCACCCAAAGACAAAUCCCUCCCCUCAGAUUUCUCACAAAGAUAUUCCCAGGUCCGCAAGCAAUUCACCCACUUCAUGGACAACUUCCAGACACACGUCUUCACCGCCUCACAACGUCUCAAUGACCUAACCGGCUACAGUGGAAUCGAAGCUCUGAAGAAAGAGAUCGAACAACUCGAAACAGAAGUCCAGAUCUCUCGAAAAGCCGUGAAAGACACAAGGAACAAAUACUCUGAAGCGAUUACCACGCGGAGCACGACACAGAGAGAAGUCAACGACCUCUUACACAGAAAGCACACCUGGUCCCCAACCGACAUCGAGCGCUUCACAAGUUUAUACCGUAGUGACCACGCGAACGAACAAGCCGAAGCCGCUUGCCAGAAAGAAGUCGCCGACGCGGAAGCGCGCUACGAAGAAUCAUCUACCAAGCUCGCCAAAUCCAUCCUGGCCCGCUACCACGAAGAGCAGAUCUGGAGCGACAAGAUCCGUCAGAUGUCGACGUGGGGCACCUGGGGCCUGAUGGGGAUCAACGUGCUCUUGUUCGUUGUCUUCCAGAUUGCCGUCGAACCCUGGCGGCGCCGGAGGCUUGUGAAGGGCUUCGAGGAGAAAGUCGAGAUUGCGCUGAAGGAGCGUGAUGACGAGUUAUUUAAUGUCGCUACUGCUGCGGUCAGAGCAUCGACUCCGGCCGUUCAGCCAAAUCAGUCAUCUCAGGCAGCGUUGGCCGACCUAUCACCAGGAGGGAAAAUUGAGGCCGUAGCGGAUAAUAUCGCUGAGCAGAUCGUCGAUGCCAUUUCUGGGACGAGCGACAUCGAUACAGCUGAGACUGCCCAGGCUAGUGCCCCCGUCGCGACGAGCACAAUGGAAGCAGCAGCCGAAACAGUGAUAACGCUCGACCUGGCCGAGGAAGCCCUCGCCUCAGACACACCAACCUCCCCCAUUACCAACGAACCCACACCCAUACCUAUAGACGCCUCGUCUUCCCCAGAGAUUGAAUUCCCGUCAACCUCCCCGCGCUGGACAGCACCCACCUCCCCACUCGCACCCACAGAAGACUGGCUCCGCACCCGCCUCAGCGCCGACCACCACGUCCUCAUCACGCAACGGCAGCUCACGACCGUGGCGAUCGAGGGCGUCGCAGCCGGCAUCGCCGUGAUGGGUUUGUUGUUCGCCCUGUUGCGGCCGCGAUAG